CAAAUAUUGAGUGCAUGACAUGUUCACGAGACUUCAGAGACUUCUGCAUUAUCUGGAAAAAGAGAGAGUGCAUGAGGGAGAGAGAGAGGAGGAAGAGCGGAAGAGGAGUUAACGAGGUGAUGCUUUCGAUUUGGAAGCUAGAGACAACACACAGAUAGCUGACACAUGCCUCGAUGGACUGGUAACAUCUCUGGAGGACCACCUAACUACAAAAGAGACAUUCAUUAAGGUACAGGAAACUGAAAAUCUGAGAUGGCAAAUGGACCAGCCCUGUCCACGGCUAAAAGAGGGGAAAUUGACAUUGGAAACAAAAUCAGUGAUUCGUUCUCACAGCUGGAUGUUCUCUAUGCAAAUCAGUUUGAAGGAGAGUCUUUCAAUCAGGAACUUCUUGAUCAGACAGAGGAAAACUUUUACAGAGGGGCCCCACCCAAAUGGUUAAACUUUCAUAUUAGUGAAAAGGCAGAGUCAGAAGGCACUGGGACUCCUUUCAUCAAACGAGAUGGAUAUGAUACACUUGUGGAACAAAUUCGCCAAAAAAGAAAAAACCCGGGAAUAUCAACCGUUAAACUGUUCCACCAGCCAGGGUGCGGGGGAACCACACUGGCCAUGAAGGUGUUGUGGGAUUUGAGGAAAACCUUCAGGAGCGCUGUUUUAACAGGCUCAACCUCAGAUUCCACACGUGUUGCAGAGGAGGUGGUCCACCUUUUCACAGCAGGCAGUCGAGGCAACCAGAACACUGUGCUGCUGUUGGUGAAUGAUGAGAAGAUUUUGGGAAAUCUGGAAGACCACAUUAGGACGACGAUUGCUGAGCAGAAAAUAGUCACCCAUAUGCCUGUGGUGAUUUUACUCAACUGUGUUAGAGAGGAUGAUGUUCUAAAGAAGGAUGACCAUGUCGUCCUACAAAAAGUACUUUCUGACACAGAGAAGCAAACAUUUUCUGAGAAAAAGAGAGAACUUGACAGAAUGUACAGUGAGAAAUGCAAACAAUUCCACGGCUUUAACAUAAUGCAAACUAAUUUCUCUCAGGAUUACAUCCAGGAGGCUUGUUCUGUAUUCAAAACCGUCAAAAGAGCAAAGAGAACACAGAAGACCCAGCUUGCUGCCUUCCUAUCCCUGCUGAAUGCCUACGUACCAGGCUCAUAUCUCCUGGAGUCUCAGUGCCUGGACUUCUUCAAACAUGACAGAGACUUUUCUCUGGAGGACAGAAUGGAGCACUUUAGCCAUCUCAUCGUCACCUUCCAACAUGAUCUAGAAUCUGAAAAAAAAGUCUGCAUGGCUCACCCUAUGAUAGCACGGUGCUGUACUGAAUUGAUGGCUGAGGCAGGUCUGACCAGAAGUGACACAGCAAGAAACUUCUUGACCUGUUUGUGCAGCGAUGAGGUUCCUCCAUUUUUGCUUGGUUUUGUCAAAGAUAUGCUAACCAAACGAAGACCCAAACGAAGACCCAAACGGAGCCCAAUCACUAGUACCGAGAUUGAAGAGGACAAAGAAAAGUAUUCUAGGCUGAUUCUAGACAUUCAAGAGAAUGAGGGCGAUGAACAGAGCGUAUUAGUUCUAGAACUGGCGUCAGAUUUGUUUACUCAAAAUCCAUUUUUUCCACAAGCACUUGCUCGUUUUUAUUACAUAGAGGUAAAAGACUACAAUCUGGCAGAAAUGUGGGCAGAGAAAGCAAAGCUAAGAGAUCCCCAAAAUUCAUUUGUUGCUGAUACACUGGGCCAAGUCCAUAAGAACCAUUUGAAGAAUUUGAAGCGUCCUUCCAAUCCAAGAGAAAUUUUGCAACUGGCCACGAAGGCCGUUGACGCUUUCAAAGAUGAAGAAAGACUUGCUGAAAAUGAACGAGGGAUGGACAUGAAAGGAGAUGGCAAUACCAAAGUCUCGACUGUUUUUAACACCAGAGGGCUGUUAGGUUAUCUGCAGGUUUGUAACCUUGUGUACGACCUACUUGUAAAGCAGAACGAUAUUUGGAGAAGAGUUCUCACAAAGAGUGUCUCGUUGGGCUCUGUCCUGGAAUCACUUGGAGACAACACACUCUUCAGAUUUAACGAUCUAAUAAACAGCCUCAGAGAUGAGAUUGAGAGGAAAUGUGCAUUUCUUAAUAAAUAUCUGACUUAUUCGAAGCCUGAUAUGAAGAAAGAUGAUCCCAAGUACUUUUCCAAAGGCAUCUCAGAAUGCUACGGGAAUUAUGUCGGAAACUCCCCGUCAGACGAGUUCAAACAAAAGGGCGCUGAUCUCAUCCAGAAGCUGAAACAAAACCUAGCGGACACCUCCGCUGGAGUACUCUCGUGUCUUGACAGAGAAUGCACUGAAUCAGACCUUAAAGAAAUAACUACAUGGUGGGAAGAAAUCUUUCUACAAAAAGAUUCAGUAACGUCUCUGGUCAACUACAUCCUCGCUCAUAUCAUGUUAAGAAACAUGGGAGCAAUGCUUCCUUCUGAUUGCCAACAUUUAACUGCAUUUAAAGAGAAAAUGCCUCUGAUCCACGAAGAUUCACCUGAGCUCCACAUGUUGACCCUCCUCCUGUGCUGGCCUACAGAUAGUGACGACAAAUGUGUCCUUGACCUCAGUAAAUUAAUUCUGCAUAUGCGUUGCUCUUAUGAUCACGCAUAUGAGAUGCACUUUCGAUCGAGGUACCUCCGCCCUCUGUUUUUCAUUGGAAACGGUCAAGAUCUGAACAGAAUUGUUCACAGAAAGGUCCUCGAAGAAAUGUUUCUUGAGAAAACGAGCAACUGGAGCAACAAGAAGAUUUUCAAAGAUCCCAAGGUCCAAGCACGCCUUCUCAAAGUCAAAGGGGAGGUGCGAAACUACAGAGUCUAUGCAACUAUUGGUGGCAUAUUGAUUGAGGUGGACGCAAACUGCCAAAACAGCCUCUGGAGACAAGGCCAAGUUUCCUUUUACCUUGGAUUUACCAUCAGAGGUCCUGUAGCCUUUGACAUCCAGACAAAACCUGCAGAAAAGGACAAGAAGGUGGCCGUAGAAACCUCAGUGACAGAAAGCUCAGAACCCGAGCAAAUAAAACCAGAAGAUACCACUAGAGGUCAGCAUUUCGUGGAUCGCCAUCGGAGAGCCCUGAUAGACGGAGUGAGCGAUACAGGAACCAUCAUGGAUAAGCUCAAGGAUGUGUGGUUGACCUCAAAUGAGAACUACGAGAUUGUGAGAUCUUUAAACAACACGCAAUACCAGAUGUGCGGCAUCCUAAAGUGUUUGACUCCAACCGGGAAAGACGCUCUCUAUGAAAUCCUUAAAGGGAUGAGGAGUACGAGGUCUCUGAUCGCUGAGCUUGAGAAAUCUGAUUAAAGGAGCGAAAUGUAAAAAAGAAAAAAAAAUUGAAACUGGACUAAAUGUUAUCCAUAAUGAUCCUUAAUGUACUGGUCAAACAGCACUUUUA